CAUUCCCAGUGUUUUUCAUUUAUCGGCAUUGUUUUUGCAAAUGGAUGAUUUUCAUGAGGAAAUCUUGGACGACGAUGAGGAUCCAAAGCAAGUUUUGAUCUUCAUCGUGCAUGCGGUGAGCAUCAUCAUGUUGUGCAAACUCUGUUGUUGCGCUCCAGCGCAACCAGUGCAGACGAACCUUCGUGGGGUCGAGGUGAGCAGUAGUGCCUUGCAGCAGCAGAAACGAUUGUGCAAAAGUUAUUUGCUUUGGCUGAACCCUCUGGUCCCAGCGCAUCAUUUUUACUUGGAGCGCUUGGUGCAUGGGCUCGUGGCACUUUGGACGCUAAACUUCUUUUUAGUUGGCUGGUUACUGGAUGCCAUUUUCAUGCCGCACUAUGUUCGCUCCUUCAACGCACUGCGGUGUGCUCCAAUAGCUCCAUACGACAAUAGCAGAAGGAGGCUCUUAUGCCACAUGCCAAUGUUCAUUCUUGCUGCAUUGGCGGGUCUGCUGGCUAUCGUUGUCUAUCUUCCGGUCACCUUGCAUCACUUCAAGGUGGUUGACAUUGAUCGAAUUGCCGCCCAAACACAGGUCAACCCAUACGAGCUUCUUGGACUUUCGAAGGGCGCUUCUUCUAGUGAGGCCAAAGCUGCUUACCGAAGUGCCAGUUUACAGUGGCAUCCUGAUCGCAAUCCAGGGUGUGGAAAGGAAUGCGAGAACAAGAUGUCGGAGAUUACAAAGGCUUACGACCUCAUCAAGAAGCGUCAAGCACCGCCCCCACAAGAGGCCACCUGGGAGGCUUGGAUGCAGGCCGUGGUCCAAGACUGGAAGCACGUCCUCGAGGUCUUCGACACUGCGAGUGGGGCGAGUGGGUAGGGGUUCAAGCCCUGCAGUGUCUUCUGCAGGGGUUCGUGAAACUCAUGUACAGACUCCGUGCUUCAAAGUUUCACGAAAAGGUGAUCCAUUUGGGCACAUUUUUGCAUUUUCUCUCAUUUUUUGCUCUGGGGAACAGCAAUAAGAUGCUAUAACACACACAAACAAAACUUUAUGCUUUCUUGCUCUCUCGCAGAGCCUCUCAAGACAAGCCGUGCUCCAUGCAUCGUGCCGCUCUGAGACGAGCAGGUGGUGACCUUUGGGCAUCCAUUCGUUGAUUCAGCUAAUGCCG